UUGGAAUUCAUGUUUCUUUGUCUUGAGGGUUUAUCUAGAGUGAUAUAUCCCAUCUAGUUAUCUUCUAAUUAUUAACUAGUGCCUUUCCCUAUCUUGACUUCCCCAUCCUGCCCUCCUACUACUAAAUACAACCACCAUGGGCGGCUCAUUCCCAGGAUUUCUAUACCGCCAGCUCACCUUCUGCCCCAAACCAUUGCCCUCCACGGUGAACCUCCAGGGCCAAACUGCCAUCGUCACAGGUGGUAAUGUCGGACUAGGCCUCGAAGCUGCUAAGCAGCUAACCGCCCGAGGGUUGAGCCGUCUCAUUAUAGCCGUCCGCACCGUUUCCAAGGGCGAGACCGCAAGGGAGGAGAUUCUUCGCGAAAAUCCCUCCUCUGGCUGCGAGAUUGGGGUCUGGCAGCUGGACCAGGAGUCGUUUGAGAGUAUGCAAGCGUUUGGAGAGCGUGCUCGGGCUCUGGACCGGUUGGAUAUUGUUAUCUUAUCUGCUGGCGUGAAGAUGCUGGAGUAUAGCAAGUCUAAGACGGGACAUGAGACGCAUGUUCAGGUAAACCACCUCGGCACCGCCCUCCUCUCCCUCCUCCUCCUCGCCCCAUUACAAAAAACAGCUACAGAACGAGGAUCUGCACCCCGCCUCACAAUCGUCACCUCGGAAGUCCACUUCUGGAGCAAGCUCCCCGAGAAAGACGCACCCAACAUGCUCUCUCGACUCGACGACCCCGACUCGUUCGGAUCCGGCAUGGACCGUUACAACACCAGCAAGCUCCUGAAUGUGCUGUGGCUGCGCGAGCUGUCCAGGCGCACCGGCCCCGAUGUCGUCGUCAAUGGCGUAAACCCAGGUCUCUGUGCGAGCUCCUUGCAUCGGUCGGACUCUACGCCGGGGAAGGAGCAGUUCAAUAAAGUCUUUGCGUGGAGUCCGGCGCAGGGUGGGCAUUGUUUGGUUGAUGCGGCGGUACGGCAUCAAGAUGAUAGGGGGGCUUAUAUUAGUGAGCAGACGGUUAAGAAACCGUCCCCGCUCGUCCUGUCAAAGGAGGGCGAGAAGGCCCAGGUAGAGCUGUGGGAUGAGACCAUUGCCCUGCUGAAAGAGGCUGUUCCUGGCGUGGAUUUGCUUGGGGGUCUCGUUGCAUGAUUUGGAUAGGGAGAAUCGAUUGACCUGUUAUACUGUGAUGAUCAGCGAUUUGAUAUGGUUUGUUUGUUUAUGUUGUUAUUGCUCAUGUCUACGGUUUAACAUAUCCCUUCUUCGUGAC